CGCAGCGACGAGAAGCACACUGCGCCCACAUAAUUGGGUCACCUCUUCACUUUCAAGGCCAAUGUCAAUGGCACGCAGCGAGGAAAGCUACAAUGUGUGAAAUACGUUUCAGUCUGAAACGUGUUCUCUCACCGGAACAAGCUAAAUUCAGUUACAGAUUUAUAAUGCCAUUGGCAGUUGACGAUCAUGUGGAUUGAAACGUUUCACAUGGACAUGAAACAGACGGUGAUGAAGCGUGCCGCCGAUUUCAACAGGUGCCCCAAUCAGAGAGAGAAUAUGUCACCACAAGCUUGUCGACUACCGUUUUCCCGUCAUUUUUACAAGCAGGGAUAUUAAACAUUGAAAAUUUGAUGGGAGUCAGAUGAAUGACAUUUAAGUUAAAUUAUCAAGUGAACAACGCGCGACAUUAUCACGCCCAUGCAGUGUGAUGCCCAACUCGGCGACCUACCUGUCCAGGUCAAAGGUCGCAUGGAAGCCUGCUCGAUCGAAAACGCAAACAGCGAAAAUGACCAAGCAGCGUGUUCCGGUACUCAAAAGAGGUUGUCCCGAAAUAAAUGUGAAAAGAUGCGUCGCGACAGACUUCAAGCCUGCAUCCAACAACUGGCCUGUAAAGUCCCCCUGGUGGCGAUGUACGACAAAAAACUUGACAAGUGCAAUAUUCUGCGUCUCACCGUUGCAUAUCUUAGAAUGCACAUAGGUUUGAAGAAGAUGAAGUCACACCUGAAUGACUGGUGUCCAUCUUUCUUCAGUCGGGAAAACCGAGGGAGACUACUCCAUGAGAUUGUGGAUGGAUUUUUUCUUGUUGUCUCACAAAAUGGCACGAUUGUUUUCAUAUCAACGGAGAUCACAACUGUCCUUGGUCACAACCAGUUCCAGCUCAUUGGGAAGUCGGUGUAUCAAAUCCUUCACCCACAAGACCACAAAGUGUUCAGUGCACAGUUCCUGCCAUUUUCAAAUAGAUAUGGUCAAUCAGGCCAUCGUUCAGCGUAUCUCCGCAUGCUGAAUCUGCAUACAGCUAAUGCUGCCAAAUCAGAAUAUUCUUACGUCCAGUUGAUCGGGAACUUGCAACAGUUCUCCUUACUUUCAAAGUCAAGGUUAUCAGACAAUCUCAAUGAGAAGUGGCUAGUGUCGGUAUGUCGCAUCCACAGAACACGCAGUAUCCGAGAAAUCUCCCUGAUUGACAUCAACAAGACUGAGUGGAUAUCCCAGCAUCAUAUGACGGGAGAAAUAUUUUACCAAGAUCCUAGAUCUAGUUGGAUCACCGGGUUCCUUCCCUCCGAGCGCUUGGGGUACUCACCCUACAACUUUCUUCAUCAUGAUGACUUGGAAGCAGUUGCAACAAGCCACUUAAAGAUUAUGAAAGACGACCUUGUCCCACAGACAAUAUUCCGUGUGAAGACUGCCAGUGGGACCUACAUUUUCGUACAAUCUUCCUCCUGUGUUGCCCGGGACCAGUGGACUAAAAAGGCAAAGUUCAUUGUCAGUCUGAACCAAGUCUUAGAACAAGAAGAAGGACAGAGAAAACUUGCCCUUCAGAAAGAAGAAAUUGAUUCCACAAAGGCUGAAAAGAUGUUCACAGAUGACAUCUUGACUAUGAUGUCGGACACACUGAUUGGCUCCAACGACCACACAGUGCAUGACGACACGUGUGAGAGUGCCAACUGGCAACAGUCACAGUAUACAACACCUUUUGGCAAUGUCAUCCGAUCAUCAGUGGAAAAGCAGCCCCAGAACGACACAACAAUGUCUGCCACACCAUCUGCAUCUACGAAACCUGAAAAUUCUCGGAAAAGAGCUGUUGAUCCUUUUGUUAGGCUCAUUGAAGAAAGCAUCAUGAGUGAAGCAGACAUGAGUAGAGUGAAUGUCACUGCCUUGUCACCAGAUGGACAUGGUAAGGUUAACUGUUGUCCCAGGGUAGGAGGAAGCCGGCCACCGGGCUUGGACACCAUUUCCAAGGGAGAUAACCACUCGCAAAUGUCCAGUCCAAAAGGAUGUUGUUCCAGCGAAAGACCUGCUGGCUCCAUGUUAAAACUGUUGUUGACAGACCAUGCUGACAAGGCGCCGAUGCCUGUUUUGAAGUCAUCCCGAGUUUUGGCACCAGUUUGUGAGAGUGGCCUCUCCCCUCGUACGUCAAUGGAGGCAUCGACUCCCGAUCCACGGGUAACGCCAUCACCAAGACACCAGAACAACGAAAGCCCAAUGUCUGAGAUGUCUGUGGGUACUGAUAUUGCCUCACCAAGUAAAUCAUCAACUGUUUCUGACCAGGAGAAUAUGUCCCCAGAGUCUCCAGGCAGUGCUGCAAUGAAAGCUCUGCCGAACUUUGUCCGGAACUUCACGGAACAGCUGAAGCGGAAGCAUAUGCUGAUGCAGCGGAGUCUGUUGGAGCAGGAAGCUGUGAUUGCGAUGCUGGAGUCGGAACUGAAGAAGGUGCAGGAAGUCGGACAUUGUUCUGCCACUUUUCAGAAAAUAUGUGAACGUCUUCACUCAAUAAAGGCCAGCAAGGCUAAGCAACAAGCAGAACUGCAGUGCCUCCAGGACAAGCUGAACCACCAGAAGAGAUUCAGUCCAUCAACCCCACAGAUGACUUCCCCGGAAGGGACUCCACAGCAGACGACAGUGCCAGAGACAGAUGUGCCCCAGUGCACACUUGGACAUAUGACGUUCCCGAGGGCACAGUCGACAGCUAGUGCCACCAUGACCCAGGUUGACCUAGGCGAGAUUGAACCCACGUUUUACCCAACAAUGAUGGAUGCUUCAAGUGAAGGUUCCCACUCUUCGGGAACAAGUUAUCGAUUCUCUGACAAGGGUAGCCGACAGUUUCCUCGCACCAGUUUCACAGAUUCAUCUCCCAACAGCCUACGUCAGUCCCCCAAUCACAGUAUCCAGGAAAGUUCCAUGAUGACGUCGCCCCAAGGAAGUCUCGCCCCCUCCCCCAGCAGCACAUACUCACAGUCAUCAAUGAACAGUGCUUCAUUCACAGCAUCUAGCCCCAGCACAAGGAUACAUUCACCCUCACAAUCAAGCAGGUCUAUGUCUGUUCUUCAGAGCAAUGUUCCUCAUCCAGGCUCCAACUUCUCACCAACUUCUCACACCCAUCAAUUGCCAAUCGCUCAAAGAAACCAUCAUAAUCGUGACUCAGUUCCUCCAUCCCCCCAUCACCAGCAGCUGUCACCACUCCCAUCUUUAUCCAAUGUGUAUUCCCAGCCUGUGUUAGACUAUUCGCACAGAGUGGACAGCCUAGUCAGUAAUCCUUCAUGGGACACCAGUCCUCCGGCCAUGUCGAGCCACACUUCAACACAGCCGCACAAUCAGCAGAUGCCUCUGCCGUCUCCAACAGUAGGCACCAUGGACCAUGACAGCCUGUCUACACGAAUUAUUGAUGGCAAUCGGACAGUUUCUCGGGCAGAGCGCAUCAAGAUCAUAAAGUCUGCCUAUGCCAAACUCCCGCUGCACAGCUUUUUUCCAACUUAUAAUAAUGUGCCCCAAUCACAACUACAGGACAACCUGUUUACAAGCUGAAAAAUUCCAUGGAGCAUAUAUUUUCUGUGUCUAUACUGUGUUUGAAAUCAAGUUCAUUUGGUGUUGUUCAGGUUCACACUGAAUAGUCAUAUUACCUAUGACCUGUGACCAUGCAUGGCGUUUGACCCUUGACUUGUGACCAUGCGUUACCUUUGACCUUUAACCCGUGACCUUUAACCUGUGACCUUUCGAGAAAAUGAUGCCACUCCAUUGCAAAGAAUUGACCCCAAUAUACAAAUGGACCUGACUUUCAAAAUAUGGAUUAUUAUACGGAUAUUUUUGGAGAGAAACUUCUGAAAUGGCCUUUACACUGUGUUGUGAACCAGUGGUCAUGUGCCUCUUGUGACCUUGAUAAAAAGGGUCACUGUGAUGUCAAGGUUAAGUUCAUGACGUUUUGCAAGUAUGGAGGUGGGGAGUUUGAAUGAUCAGUGAAUUAUACUUCAGAUAGAUGUCUUAUUCUGUCCUUUGGAUUAAAGUACAUGAAGAUCAAGAAAUGUGUGAUUUUGAUAAGUAGGGUGUCUUGUUUUCAUUGAAUAUGAACAGAUAUUGUUUUGUUUUCUUUUGUGACCAUUGUAUAUUCAAUAGUCAUCAUAUUGCAGGAAUGUUUUUAGCAUUUGUUAAGUGUUUGCUUACCAUAAAAAUGUCCAUGUGAUGGUUGAUUUAUUGAUGGUAGUAAGAUGUAAAUUAAUUCCUCUGUUGUCCCGGUUAUAGAAAUAUGAAUUCUGAUAUCAAAAGACUUAUAUCCAACUUUUACACUUUAAUGUUAAAGUUCCCUAUCUUGGGAAAAAUUGCAAUCUCAUAGAAUGUGAAAAAGCAAAACUAUAUUGUAUCGCUUAGGUGAAUGAACUGGAGAAAACAAACUUUGUCAAUAUGAAUGUAUACUUAGUGAGUAAGAUCCCCAGAUAUCAUGAUUUACAAUUUCAAUUGUAUUUCCUGUACUGAUAGAUAUUGUUUCAGAUGCAGAGAUUAAUACCUUUGCCUGUAAUUGUCUCUUAAGAUAAGCUGGAAGUAGCAAUCAUUUAUACAUGCAGUUGUGCUCCUGUGAUUACAGGGGAUUCAGUUGAAAAACACAACAUCAGAAGAAGUAUAUGAAAAUAUUACUGUAGAAGAAAUAUAAACAGCUAAGUUUGGGGAUAUUUGAGUUGCUGCUUUUACUGUAUAUGUCAUAUUUACCACACAGCUGUAUUGUUUGGGGGAAACAUGCAGGAAACAAGUACAAGAAGAAACAGUACUAUCAGAUCCUUAAUAUACAGUAAUUGUUAAAUAUCCUUAAGAAAAAUUGACAAAAAUUACAAAAGCAUAUUUUUGAAAUGAUCUUAUAAAUGUAUCAGUGAUUCAUCUAGGCUGCUCAGAGGCUGAUAACGGCCACAAAUCCACAGCAAUUUCAUGACACAAUGUUGUAAUACAAUGUUAAAAACAAUGUCAAAAUGCAAUGUUGUUAUACAAUGUUAAAAGACAAUGUCAAAAUACAAUGUUAAAAUACAAUGUCAUAAUACAAUGUUAAAAUACAAUGUCAUAAUACAAUGUUAAAAUACAAUGUCAUAAUACAAUGUUAGAAUACAAUGUCAAAAUACAAUGUCAUAAUACAUCGUUAAAAUACAAUGUUAGAAUACAAUGUUAGAAUAUAAUGUUAAAAGAAAAUGUUAGAAUACAAUGUUAGAAUAUAAUGUCAUAAUACAAUGUCAUAAUACAAUGUUAAACUAUCAUUUUAAAAUAUAAUGUCAUAAUAUGAUGUUAGAAUACAAUGUAAAAAUACAAUGUUACGAUACAUCAGAAAAAAGAUAAUAGGUAUUUUUCAAAAUUUGCCCACCAAAGUCAUUUAGUGAUCCUGGAUAGAUCUCUGAUGAAUCCAAAAUAUCAACAUGUCAUGAAAAAAAAGGGGCAAUCUGUCACCCUUUACGGAGCAAUUCUUUUUUUAAAAAGUAAUUAAUAUGUUGACAAGAGCCUGCCAUCUCUGUCAUGUACCAUGUUCCUGAGGCAAGCCUGUCAAAGCCUAGUUUCUACCCUUGCCACAUCAAGGCCACUUUUCUUGCCCCGAUCCUGGCGCCACCUUGCGUAGAUCAGGAGUUGUGCCCCUUGUAAAGUGAAAAGGCGAUAUCCAAUCAAAUCGCUGUUCUUAUCCCGUAUAGCUUCACAAAAGAUGGCAACUACCAUACGCGACGACCAAAACGUUCGUGAUUUCAUUCCUAACACAAGAACAUCGUUGGGGGGUUUAGAAAAUGAAAAAGCCAUAUUCCAGCAGUAAAUCACUUUCAUACGAAGGUGUAUCAGUCGUGGAUGUUGAUUUUAUGAAUGUUCUCUGAUUGGACUAUCAAUAUGUACGAUGGUCCAGUCAUAUUUAGCACAGGAAAGUGGGCUUGGUGUAGCAAGAAUAGAAACAGGACUUUGAUAAAAAGGCUAGUGGACGCUCUUGCCUCAGAAAGAUGGUCCUAUACAUGAUGAGGGCAUAUUCUGUCAUCCAUUUGUUACUUUGUAUGGAAUUUUGUCACUAACUCUUGUAAUAUUAUUCAUCUGGCGAUGAUUAAAGAUUGACAUGCCUCUUUCAAUGUCGGUUCGCCCCGAUUAUGUUUCUAGGUUUGUCAGCACCAUACCCGUGCUCGUGGGUUUCACAUAAGUGGUAAACCUCUGGCAUCGAAGGUGCUGCAAUUUUCUGUGCAGAGUUGCAUCCCUUGGGAAUGCUGGAAAUUGCGAGUGGUUAUGUUCAUGGGUUCGAAUCCUGCUUAACACUGAUUAUGUUUCUGGGUUUGUCAGCAACAUACUUUGCUCGUGGGUUUCACAUAAGUGGUAAACGUCUGAGACCUGCAUCACUUCGGCUUUCCUCCCACAUUAAGCUGACACGCUGUGAUAUGACUGGAAUACUGUUAAAAGUGGCAUUAAACCCAACUCACUCACUCACUCACUCACUCUUUCAAUGUCAGACACACUGAUGCUACUGUGGUCACACGAUUAAUGUCUUUCACUCACAAUUCCACAAGGAUACUCGAGGUCAAAAAUGAGAACUGUAUUCAAUACAAGCAUGAAGGCAAUGUUUAGAACUUUCAGUCCCAUGUUUUUCUCAUCCCGAUGCUAUGUCUCACGGGGGCAAGUGUGUCUUUGAUGGAAUGCUGGAGGGAGAUAAGUGAUGAUGAAUCAGUUGAUGGUGUAUGAGUCAGACCCUUGUAUUUUGAUGUCAGUUGUUUAUUGUUAGGAGAUUAUCAGAAUUUAUUUUAUAUUUACAACUCUGUCCUCAGAGUUAAGUUGUGUUUACAUCGUGUCAGCUGAUACCAGGGUCUAGUUGACUUAUUUUGAAUUAGCUGAUACCAGAGUCUAGUUGACUUAUAUUGAAGUAGCUGAUACCAGGGUCUUGUUGACUUAUAUUGAAUUAGCUGAUACCAGGGUCUAGUUGACUUACAUGGAAUGAGCUGAUACCAGCGUCUAGUUGACUUAUAUUGAAUUAGCUGAUACCAGGGUCUAGUUGACUUAUAUUGAAUGAGCUGAUACCAGGGUCUAGUUGACUUAUAUUGAAUGAGCUGAUACCAGGGUCUAGUUGACUUAUAUUGAAUGAGCUGAUACCAGGGUCUAGUUGACUUAUAUUGAAUGAGCUGAUACCAGGGUCUAGUUGACUUAUAUUGAAUUAGCUGAUACUGGGGUCUAGUUGACUUAUAUUGAAUUAGCUGAUGCCAGGGUCUAGUUGACUUACAUUGAAUGAGCUGAUACUGGGGUCUAGUUGACUUAUAUUGAAUUAGCUGAUACCAGGGUCUAGUUGACUUAUAUUGAAUUAGCUGAUACUGAGGUCUAGUUGACUUAUAUUGAAUUAGCUGAUACCAGGGUCUAGUUGACUUAUAUUGAAUUAGCUGAUACCAGGGUCCAGUUGACUUAUUUUGAAUUAGCUGAUACUGGGGUCUAGUUGACUUAUAUUGAAUGAGCUGAUACCAGGGUCUAGUUGACUUAUAUUGAAUAAGCUGAUACCAGGGUCUAGUUGACUUAUAUUGAAUUAGCUGAUACCAGGGUCUAGUUGACUUAUAUUGAAUGAGCUGAUACUGGGACUCUAGUUGACUUAUAUUGAAUUAGCUGAUACUGGGGUCUAGUUGACAUAUUGAAUUAGCUGAUACUGGGGUCUAGUUGACUUACAUUGAAUUAGCUGAUACCAGGGUCUAGUUGACUUAUAUUGAAUUAGCUGAUACUGAGGUCUAGUUGACUUAUAUUGAAUGAGCUGAUACCAGGGUCUAGUUGACUUAUAUUGAAUUAGCUGAUACCAGGGUCUAGUUGACUUAUAUUGAAUUAGCUGAUACCAGGGUCAAGUUUAUUUAUAUUGAAUUAGCUGAUACUGGGGUCUAGUUGACUUACAUUGAAUUAGCUGAUACCAGGGUCUAGUUGACUUACAUUGAAUUAGCUGAUACCAGGGUCUAGUUGACUUAUAUUGAAUUAGCUGAUACUGGGGUCUAGUUGACAUAUUGAAUUAGCUGAUACUGGGGUCUAGUUGACUUACAUUGAAUUAGCUGAUACCAGGGUCUAGUUGACUUAUAUUGAAUUAGCUGAUACCAGGGUCCAGUUGACUUAUAUUGAAUUAGCUGAUACUGGGGUCUAGUUGACUUACAUUGAAUUAGCUGAUACCAGGGUCUAGUUGACUUACAUUGAAUUAGCUGAUACCAGGGUCUAGUUGACUUAUAUUGAAUUAGCUGAUACUGGGGUCUAGUUGACAUAUUGAAUUAGCUGAUACUGGGGUCUAGUUGACUUACAUUGAAUUAGCUGAUACCAGGGUCUAGUUGACUUAUAUUGAAUUAGCUGAUACUGAGGUCUAGUUGACUUAUAUUGAAUGAGCUGAUACCAGGGUCUAGUUGACUUAUAUUGAAUUAGCUGAUACCAGGGUCUAGUUGACUUACAUUGAAUUAGCUGAUACCAGGGUCUAGUUGACUUAUAUUGAAUUAGCUGAUACCAGGGUCUAGUUGACUUAUAUUGAAUUAGCUGAUACUGGGGUCUAGUUGACUUAUAUUGAAUUAGCUGAUACUGGGGUCUAGUUGACUUAUAUUGAAUGAGCUGAUACUGGGGUCUAGUUGACUUACAUUGAAUUAGCUGAUACCAGGGUCUAGUUGACUUACAUUGAAUGAGCUCAUACCAGGGUCUAGUUGACUUAUAUUGAAUUAGCUGAUACUGGGGUCUAGUUGACUUAUAUUGAAUUAGCUGAUACUGGGGUCUAGUUGACUUAUAUUGAAUUAGCUGAUACUGGGGUCUAGUUGACUUAUAUUGAAUGAGCUGAUACUGGGGUCUAGUUGACUUACAUUGAAUUAGCUGAUACCAGGGUCUAGUUGACUUACAUUGAAUUAGCUCAUACCAGGGUCUAGUUGACUUAUAUUGAAUUAGCUGAUACUGGGGUCUAGUUGACUUAUCGUACAUACAAUUAGUUGAUAACAGGGUUUAGUUGACUUACAUUGGCUUGCUGACUUGUUUGAAGUAUGUCAUCGAUCCCAAUUGCAUGGAUCGCAUGGGGUUCAAAUGACUUACAUAGCAUUAACUGAUACCAGGGUUUUCAAAACUGACAAUCUGUUUGUUCUGAUUCCAAUGACGAACGAAUUAGUUCACUUUUAAUGUACAUUUCUGGUGUCCCCUGCUGUCAUAUUGCUGGAAUAUUGCCCAAAGCGGCGUAAACCCCUCCUCACUCACUUACUUGUAAUGUAAAGGCUUAGUAGUGCCCUUUAUAGUUCAUUCAAUUCGUUUGCAAGCAGUGUGGGAGUUGGAUCAGGGCCCACUUGCACAAAGCGAUCUUAGCGCUACGACUAUUGUAAGCCUAUGUUAAAGCAUGGGAGUUAAGAUCAUCUUAGGGCUAAGAUCGCUUUGUGCAAGUGGGCCCAGAAGGAAAGGGUGAAGAAGUCCUAUUAAGUUUAGUCGGCAUAAUUUCCUCUAUAGUCAUUGACACAUUUGUUUAACUAAUGCAUUGAUGCACUUUAUUUUUUAUUUUUUAUUUUUCUUUAGUCCUUGUCCCAAGAUGUAUGCUCCAUUAUAAAGUUGAAAAGCAUAAUCAUUUUAUUUUAAGUUUAAACCCAAUACAAUUUUAUACAGUUCAAGAGACUGAUAAUGUCAAUAUGUUUACAAUUAAGUUGCAUGGGGAAUGGGGAGUAUAAAAAAGUCUUUUUAUCCUAUAUCGAUCAUACUCUUGAACUGCUUCCUAAAAGUCAUCCUGUCUUGCCAGAUUAAAUAACUUGAUAUUAAUUAUAAAUGUCAGUGCAGACCCAUCUCCUAGGUGAUUGGAUGGCCUCAUGGUUAUAGUCUUCGCUUGUCAAGACCAGGGUUUGAUUCCACACUUGGGUAUGGGUGAAGGCCAUUCCUUUGAUGUUGCUUGAUCAUCGCACGGGAUACUGGUGGCCUGUUCUGCCUGGAAUCCCCAAGGGGAGAUAAGCAUGGGAUACUGGUGGCCUGUUCUGCCUGGAAUCCCCAAGGGGAGAUAAGCAUGGGAUACUGGUGGCCUGUUCUGCCUGGAAUCCCCAAGGGGAGAUAAGCAUGGGAUACUGGUGGCCUGUUCUGCCUGGAAUCCCCAAGGGGAGAUAAGCAUGCGAUACUGGUGGCCUGUUCUGCCUGGAAUCCCUAAGGGGAGAUAAGCAUGGGAUA